GUCCAAAAAAAAAAAAAAAAAAAAAAAAAAAGCUCCUCCGGCGGUGUGUUGUGGUCGGUGUGGCCUGGCUCCGAGCCUCCCGGGGAGCCGCGAGACUUCCGCCGCUGCCGCAUUGUUCGCCCCAGCCUGCCAGCCACCACUGGCACUUGAAAGAACCGCACCAGGAUUAACCCGCUGGUCCAUCAUAAAUUCUUCAUUCGUUCACUCGGAUGGGAUUGGGAUUUUUAUUUUUUUCCUUCCUAUGAAGAGGGCUCAUUCCGCCGCCCAACGACGCCGGGUACGGUGAACCGGCUGCGGGCCGCCAGGCAGCCACCCAGCGGAUUGCCACGUUUGCGUCAUGUCAGCGGCGCAGACCCAGAAGGAGGGCGGCGGCGGUGGUGGGGGCGAAGGCGGGGGUGGGAGCUGGGCCUGCCUGGAGUCUCUGGGACUGAGUCAGAAGGAGCUUGUCCUGGCUGAAGCCUUGCAGAUGGAGUACGACGCCCUCUCCAGGCUCAAGCGGGACAAAAACGCCCCUGACGCACAAACGUCCGGGGAGCCAACCCCAUCUGACUCUUCCUUCCACCGAGCCGGAGGUCCCUGCUCCGUACCGGCCCUUCCCGCCGGGGCGCCCCCUUCCCAGGGGGGGCACCUCUACAUCCUCGACGGCCCCGGGCUGACCAAGCGGAGCACCGCAGAUGCCAAACUCCUCCCCAAAAGUUUCCAAACUUUUCCUGACGACACCCCCCCUGCCAUCCCACCGCGGAACCCCAUCCCACCGCCGCCGCCGGCGUCUUCAUCAUCGGGGUCAGAGAAUCCCUUCUUGCCGGUCAGAGCACCCGCGGCGACCCAUGAUGUCAAUGUGUACACACCUGAUGCGGACUUGCCCAAAGUCCUCUCGGUUGAGCUCGACUACGACAUCAUCAAUGACUCGCUAGCCCGCCUCAACAGCGGCCGGCGCGACGGACCCGGGAAGCCCGUGGCGCGGAGCAACACCCUCCCCCCCCAAGUCCCGCCCAGGACCUACUUGCCCGUCGCCAAGAGCAACAAGAACCAGCGCCGAGCAUCAGCAGACCCGGUGACGCCAGGCUCCCGGACGAGCGGCUUCGGGUACGAACUCUUCCAGGUGUCUGAGGAGCGUGACGAGGAGGUGGCGGCUUUCUGCCAUAUGCUGGACGUGCUCCGUUCGGCGUACCCGCACAGCGACCGCUCCAAGAACGCCGGUUUGGUCUGGUCUCCAUGGGUGGGCCAGGAGGAGCUCCAUCGCGGCCCGGGCCUCAGCGUCAAAGUGUCGGUCGUCAGCGCCCACUUCAGAGAGCCGCUCACCUUCACCUGCGAUGGCUCUUCCACGGCGGACCUGAUUAUCUACCAGACGCUGUGCUAUGCUCACGAGGACCUGGACCACCUGGAUGUGGAUGACUACCUGUUGAAGGUGUGCGGACAUGACGAGUACCUCCAGAACUGUCAGACUUUGGCAGGUUUGGAGUAUGUGCAACACUGUUUGAAGUUCGACUGGGACGUUCGACUGAUCCUCACUCAGAGAGCUUCCAUCAACACAGAGCUGGCACGCACGAAGGAUGAUGACGAGCUGGCAUCCACGUUGAACCACGGCAUCCUGCUGCAGGAGCGACCCAUCAAACAGACGGUCACCAGGGAGGCUCUGACGCUGCUGCUGGACACCUUCCACAACGAGGCCGAAUCAUUUACGCUGGCCGAGGCGGAGCUCGCGCUACGUGUGGAGCGGUUGGUCCAGUCGGUGAAGGCGCUAUGCAGCUCGCUGGCGGCCGUGGAGACGCCGGACGUGACGGCGGCGCUCGGCCGGCUGCCCGCUUGUCCCUGUCGCCUGCAGCCCAAAGUCCUCAAGGAUGCCUCCGUGCUGUCCAUCCGGGAGAACCGAGAAAAGGUUGUGGAGAAGCUGACGGCGGCCAUUUUGGACCUGGUGGACCUGUACUGCGCCACCUUCAAUGCCAACUUCCAUACGGCGCCGCACAGCCACCCGGGCGCUGCACCUGUCCAAGAGGCAGGACACGCCGCCGCCGUGCUCUCCUUCAACGUCUACGCCGCCCACCGAGUGCCCGUCACCUGGGCCGCCAGCUACGAGGGAUUCUUCCUGUCGUGCGCGCUGAGUCACGGAGGGGUGGAGCUCUGCGCGCCCCAGCACACCAGCAAACAGUCGGUCAGCAAAUACCUUUUCCACCUGGUGGUGUGGGACCAGAGAGUGACUUUCCCGGUGCAGAUUAGCCAGCUUCCCCGAGAGACGCAGCUGACAGUGACGCUGUACGCCAGCUCCCUGCCGCCCCCCGGUGGCGCCGAUGAGAAGAGCAGGCAGCGGCGCAGCGCCGAGGCUCUGGGCUGGGUCACCAUGCCGCUCUUUGACUUCAGGCACGUGCUGACGCGCGGCAGGAAGUUGCUGGGCCUUUGGCCUUCUAUGGCGGGGAGGAGCGUCAACGCCCACUCCGGCUCGCCCAACUUCAGCCAGCCGGACAGCGUCAUCCUGCAGGUGGACUUCCCAUCCUCGGCCUGCGAUAUUCGCUUCAGCACGCCGCCUGCCGCCGACUUCUGCCCUCAGUACGACUUCUCCAGACUAGAUGCUGGCAGCCAGGUGGCGCUGCGGGACAUCCUGCACAAGAAAGCCUUCUUCUGGCUGACGGCGGAGGACAAGCGCGCGGUGUGGGAGAAGAAGGCCUUCUGCCAGGCAGAGAGCGGUGCGCUUCCGCUGGUGCUGGCCAGCGCCCCCUGUUGGCAGUGGGCCUGCCUGCCAGACAUCUAUGCACUGCUGGGCCAGUGGGCCUGCCCGGGCCACCUGGAUGCGCUGGGCCUGCUGCAUGCCUCGUUCCCGGACCAGGAGCUACGCAGGACGGCCGUCCAGUGGAUGGACGCCAUUUCCGAGGCCGAGCUCAUCGACUUCCUGCCUCAGCUUGUGCAGGCGGUGAAGUACGAGUGCUACCUGGACAGCUCGCUGGUGCGCUUCCUGCUGCGGCGCGCCAUCGGAGACCUCAGUGUCGCUCACUACCUCUUCUGGCUGCUGAAGGACAACCUGCAGGACAGCCAGUUCCGCGCUCGCUAUCAGCACCUGCUGGCCGCCCUGCUGUGCUGCGUGGGCCGCGGCCUCCGAGAGCAACUUGACCGUCAGUGCUGGAUGGUGUCCAUCUUGGCUAAGGUGGCCCAGAGUGUCAGAGAUGCCGCGCCUACAGCCAGACAGACGGUGCUGCGAGAAGGUCUGGAGGAGAUGAAGAGCUUCUUCUCAGUCAACAGCAGCUGCAGACUUCCUCUCAACCCGGCGCUGCUGGUGCGGGGGAUCGACAUCCCGGCGUGCUCCUUCUUCAACUCCAACGCCGUCCCGCUCAAGCUGUCCUUCCGCAAUGUCGACCCGCUGGGUGAUAAUGUUAGCGUCAUCUUCAAGUCAGGCGACGACCUGCGUCAGGACAUGCUGACACUGCAGGUGAUACGCAUCAUGAACAAGAUCUGGCUUCAGGAGGGUCUGGACAUGAGGAUGGUCAUCUUCAAGUGCUUCUCCACCGGGCGAGGCCGCGGCAUGGUGGAGAUGAUCCCUCAGGCCGACACACUACGCAAGAUCCAGGUCGAGCACGGCGUGACGGGAUCCUUCAAAGACCGACCGCUGGCCGACUGGCUGCAGAAGCACAACCCUGCUGAUGAGCAGUACGACAAGGCGGUGGAGAACUUCAUCUAUUCGUGCGCGGGCUGCUGCGUGGCCACGUACGUUUUGGGAAUCUGCGACCGGCACAACGACAACAUUAUGCUGAAGACCAGCGGCCACAUGUUCCACAUCGACUUCGGCAAGUUCUUGGGCCACGCGCAGAUGUUCGGCAACAUCAAGCGUGACCGCGCUCCCUUUGUCUUUACGUCCGACAUGGCGUACGUAAUCAAUGGCGGUGACAAACCAUCCAGUCGCUUCCAUGACUUUGUGGACCUUUGCUGUGAAGCCUACAACCUCAUCAGGAAGCACGCACACCUUUUCCUCAACCUCCUCGGCCUGAUGUUGUCGUGUGGAAUUCCCGAACUGUCAGACAUUGAUGAUCUCAAGUACGUCUACGACGCUCUCAGGCCUCACGAAUCAGAGGCCGACGCCACCAUGUACUUCACCAGGUUGAUCGAGUCAAGCCUGGGCAGCGUGGCGACCAAACUGAACUUCUUCAUCCACAAUCUGGCGCAGAUGAAGUUCGCGUGCGGCGAGGACGUGCCGUCGCUGUCGUUCGCCCCUCGCGUGCACUCGGCCAAGAGCGACGGCGUCAUCCGAAGUCUCUACGUGUGCGCGCAUGCGCGCGGCACCUCCGGCGGAAAAGCUCACACUUACGUAGUGAAGGUCGAGCGUGAAGGCCAGCAGGAGGCGCAGUUAGUGCAGAGGACAUUUGAGGAGUUUCAGGAACUUCACAGCAAACUCAGGCUCAUGUUUCCCUCGUCAAAGCUUCCCAGCUUCCCCAGCCGCUUGGUGAUUGGCCGUUCUCGUGGCGAGGCGGCGGCGGAGCGGCGCAAAGACGAGCUGAAUGGUUACGUGUGGCACCUGGUCCACGCCGCACAGGAUGUCUCACAGUGUGAUCUGGUGUACACGUUCUUCCACCCUCUACCCAGAGACGAGCGACCGGGCCCAAGUAGCAGCAGAACAGAGAUGGCAUGGACACCGGCUUCAGGCAAACAACUGGGCGAGGUCAAACUGUCAAUCUGCUACCGCAACGACAAACUCUUCAUCAUGGUCAUGCACAUCCGAGGCCUGCAGUCACUUCAGGAUGGUACUGACCCAGACCCGUAUGUGAAACUCUACCUCCUGCCGGACCCGCAAAAGACCAGCAAGAGGAAGACCAAGGCGGCGCGACGCACCUGUAACCCAACAUACAACGAGAUGCUGGUGUACGAGCGCAUCCCGCGUGGCGACCUGCAGCAGCGCCUGGUGCACGUGCGCGUGCUGGCCGACGGCGCCUUCUGGGACAACACGCUGUUGGGCGAGGCUUUCAUCCCACUCGGGACACUGGUCCCGGGUCAGCGCUGGGUCGACUGGCACCCGCUGGUGACCGCCCGUGCCGACGCGCCGCAUUAAGUGCAACGUGUUUGCGCAAACAGUUCCUAUGCUAUGGAUUCAUGGCGGACAUGUCGCAUUGACUUUGGAAAAACAAGAGCACACAUGGAAAAGCCCUUUUGGCACUUACUCCAUAUCCUACUCGUGUGCUCCGUUGUCUGCCAACUAGUACGCUCUUUGCACUAGGUUUCCUCCGUUGCCUUUCACUACUCUGUGGCAUUUCUGCACACUAGUAGAGUGACUAGGUCGAACUAGUAGAACAAACAGGGUGCACUAGUAGGCCAACAAGGAUGCACUAAUAAAACAAGGGAACAUUAACUGAAGUGACUAGGAGGCACUAGUAGAAUGACCAGGGUGCAGUAGUAGAACAUCUCGUGUUUACUAGUAGAACGGCAAGGGCCCACUUGAAGAAACAACUAGCGGGGACUAGUAGGAUAGCCCACACAAGUCUAGUAACAAGGGGGUAUUAGUGAUGUUUUCCCACUACUGUAUAACAUUUGAGUGCACUAGUAGAAACAACUUGGGCAUCUUGGCAGAAGGAUUAAGGUGUACGAGGGUGCACUAUGCACUUGGGGCCAUAUUCUUCUGUUGGCACUUUUUUUCCCCCCAAGGAGUGACGAUUCUCCCGUCCACACCUGUGACACACCCACCAUGCCCAAUCUGCGUGAAAUCCUGAACUGAAUCGAAAAUCAAAUAAAAGUGAAAUGUGAAUCGUAAUUUGUAUCGAUUUUGGAAAUCUGAAUCGAUACCCAGCCCUACGAGUAGAAGUCAAACAUCUUGCUAGUGGCCUUUUUUUUCCCUCACACCAAUGCUUUCCAUUACUGUACAGUAUAACAUUUCAGGGCAAUAGUAGACAUGACUAUUGUGCAAUAGUUGGACAACUCGGGUGCACAAUGCACUAGUCGACUAAUACCACUAGUUCACUAAUACCUUCCAUGACUGUAUUACAUUUCUGGGCACUAGUUGAAUGUUUAGGGUGCAGUUGUACAAUGACUACUGUAUAUGUCACAGGUGAGGCAGAACUUGUUCUAGUUGACAAUUGCAUCAUACUAGUUCUGCUUGUGAAGUGCUAUAUGUUAAUGAGUACAAUUUUUGUAAUGUCAGUAGUAAAAUGCAUUUGUCAACUAGUGCACGGUUUUGCCUCAUUAGUCACAGGUAGUUCUACUGGUGUGCUGAAUUGUCUUACGAGUUAAGAUAGAGCUUACGACGGUAUGGACAAAUGAGCGCACUAGUAGGAUAGGUAAUGAAUGCUAGUCAAGGGCACAUGUACAGUUGGCUUCCGAGUUGUAUUGCCAACGCCCCAAGUGAAGCUCCUCCUUGUCCUCUCUUGCUGCAGUUGUUGUGCGAUCACAGAUGUAUUGUGGGAAACGGAGGCGGUGAUCACAGCAAUCAGACCAGCAUCAUGUGACUGAACUUUUCAUUUCAUUCCUCUUUGCAGAUGUGAUUUUCUACUUUUAUAGCCGUCAGACUCAGCGGCAUUAUUUUUGCGUUUUUGUUCAAACAAAUACAGACUGUGAAAUUUGACCUUUUAAAACCUGCGAGGAUUAAAAGCUAUGUGCCAGGAAGUGAUGUCACAGGCUGAGCCGAAUGUAAACGCGUAACGUAACUUCAUACUCGCCAUUUACAUCCAACAAGCAUUUCCAUUGAUGUGAAACUUUCACUUGGUAUGAUUUGCACUAGAAAAUAAACUUGAACUGAAGGCUGA